AUGACUAUCGCGUGCCGUACCUCUUUUGUGUUGAUUGCCGUCAUCUUCAUGUCAGUCACCCUAUCAUCAACAGGUCAUAAAAUUACGGAUACUCAGAUAAAGCAUUUGUGCUCGAAAACUCACAAUUUCAACGGCUGUUAUAAACUCUUAAAGUCCGAUUAUCACUCUGUACAUGUUGACCUACAAGGCCUUGCUGGACUUUCAAUUGAUUUGGCUUUGAAAGUGGGCAAUAAAAUCAAUUCCUAUCUUAACUCACUCGCCGAGGAAACCCAUGAUUCUCAACUGCGAAAUGUUUACGGCUUGUGCUCUAACAACUAUAACAAUGCCAUUCAUGACCUUGAAGUUGCUAAGGAAAACCUAAAUUCAGGUUCCUACAGCAAAAUGCCUGUUCAAAUUAAGGAUGCCUUCGAAGAAACCGAGAACUGUAAGGACCUGUUAGUGACAUCGACAUCGAUUGAUCCUGCAGACAUAAAGAAGAAGAAUCGUCACUUCCAAUUUCUUAUUAGCAUAGUCAUGGUCAUUUCGAUAAACCUGAACAAGAAUUAA